AUGGAGGCUUGGGGAGCCGACUGCGGGGCUGGAGCCUCCGUGUCUCUCCAAAACGUGGCAGAGGCAUUCCAGGCGUACCUGAGCAUGAGCCUAAAUGAACGCCAGCUACUGGGGUAUAUGUACGCAUCAGCCCCAGGUCGCCGCCACUUCCUCCGACAAGCAGCUGCUGCAAAAUCCAGACAGCUGUGUGCCAAGUCUGUCGCCUCGCAACUCAGUUCUUUUGCCGCAGUAUUGCACAAGACGCUGGGGUACACCGAGGAGAAGAGCCCCCAUGGGCCCCAGAACAGCUGCCCGCAGGACGGCACUCAACCUCUGAGGUCCCAUGAGGAAGUGGCUCAUGCGUGGGUCUGCGCUGUAGAGUUCUGGCUGCAGCACGUGCAGCAGCUGCUGGCUUUUGACGCAGCAGCAGCAACAGCACUAAAUGCAGCAGAUGAAGGCCCCCCAGAUAUUACAGUUGUGUGUAGGGAGAUGGAACAGCUUUCCAGCCCGCUAGCUGCUGUGGCAGCAGACUCAAAGCUGCCGCUGCAUACGAGGAAGGCUUCCGGCGAGGUGCUCUUGCUGAUGGCGGUCGUGGCACUCAGUGUCUCUCAUGGGACGUUUCCAGGGGGGGCGCUAGAGCCGACGAAGGCGCAAAACCAAGGCAAUUCAACUAAGAGAAGGCAGAUACUGCGGCGAGUUCUGCGGAAGGCUCUUCAGGGCAUCUUGAGCGCUCCAGGAGACGGCACUGACGGGGCCUCAACUGCCAUGAGGGAGGAGGCUGUUGCGGCCGCGCAUGCGGUGCUGCACUGGCGUGGGGUUUCUCGGGGUUCCUUACGGGCAUCUGUGGGACCCCUUGCAUUGUCUCUUAUGGAAGUGGCUCAAAAGGGCGCCCUUAUGAAAUCCGACGUCACCGCUGCUAUGGGUCGUUCACUAUUGUGUCGUCUCACCUGGCUGUGGCGUCCCUCUUCAAGACACGCAGCUCAGGGGGAUCCCGUGCAGCAAAAGCGGGGGCAGCAAACCCCAUUCGGUGUCCCAUGUCUGUUUUCAGAGGCCCUCAACAGUGCGCAACAAAGUGUCGUUGGCCUCUUGGGUGCCCACAAUCCAGGUGACCACCGCGAGGAGGCCUCCAGCGGUCCUGAACGCUUUCUUCUACUCAGGUCUCUUCAGAUUAUCCGAGACUUGCUACUGUAUGGCGCUGGCCAAACCUUCCCAUCACAGGGUGCUGUCUCGGCCGCCUUGCUUCAAGUUGAAGAAGAAGGAGGCCGGUUUUUUAUCGUUAACGUUAAUAGUUUGGGGGCAACGCUUCUUGCUGCCACGGCUAGGUGCUGCGAGGCAUUUGUGUCUGGAGUCACUGCAGCAGCCGCAGCUGUGGGGGACUUUUCAGCACCGCAGCAGCAGGAGCAGGAACAGCAGCAGGAGCAGCAGCAGGACUCGGCAUUGCCCACGACGCCGAAGGAGCAACCGCAGCACCAGCCGUUUCUCCUUCGAAGAGGCGGUAAGGGUAGUCAAAAAAAGUGGAGGAAGCAGCUGCAGCAAAUGGAGCAGCACCAGCAACAACGCCAGCAGCAACAGAAUGACCGGAACUGCCAGUCGGCUUCAGUACUGCAAAGCAGCAGCAGCGCAGAGAGGGAAGGUGCCCCUAGGUCCACUAGCAGUGAUAGCGGUGGCAUCAGCAAGAAGGGUGUCCCGAAUGGCACCAGCAGAAAGCCAGAGAAGUGCGGAAAACGUAGCAGCAAGGCAGAAGCAGCAGGAGCAACAGCAAGCCUUGUGUUAAACCAGCUCGAUGACCUACCUGAGACGGAGCUCUUUGCUACGAACGCCGCAACCCUAGAGGCAGCGCUGAAUGCGGCAGGAGCCCUCGUGGAAGUGGCAGGCCCCGGAGGUGUCCUGUCGUGUCUUUCAGUUUUCACUGGACUGUUGCAAACUGUCCUCAACCUGCCAUCUCCCCUUCAUCACAGCAUGUUCGCUGCUCGCUUUGGCUCCUGCCUUCUCUCCUUCAUUCGCUGUCUCCUGCGGGGGAUCCCUGCUGCAUCACCCGCACUUGAGGCCUUUGCGGAUGCUCUUGUCUUAGGAGUCCUCACGACAGGCCUCUCCUGUGGACCUGGGAAGGGAGAACCACAUCACUUUGCACGCUUUGUUGUCUCGGACCCGUGUUCACUUAUUUCGGCCCUCCAUCUGCUUACUGCCUCCAUCAGAGACGUUCUGCGGUGUGUCUUCGUUGCUGCAGACGUAUGUUUCCCUCCCCCCUCCACUCUGCGGGCCGCGAGCUCUCUGCUGCGGAGGUUGCAGGCGAUUUGCUGCAGCGGACCCUUCGGCGCAGCACAGCCACUGGGAUUUAUGCAGUUUCAAGUGGAUAACGAAAGUACCAGCCGAAGUAUGGAUGCGCUUCAACAGCAAUCAACAGCCGCUUUGGGGACAGUCUCCCCAGGGGCUGUCGAGACGGCCCUGACGAAUCUUGACUUUGCCAUACGAAAUGCAGCAUGCGGACGUGGUGCAGAAGGCGCGGCAGCACUGGGACAAGCUUCUGUGGAGGGCGGGGAAGGAGUGGCUUCGCGGUUUCUGCUUCGGCCAGAACAGCUGCGUACACACCAUGACACCCUUACGGGGUCUAGCAGAGCGAAUGCAGCCGUGUAUGCUGCGUGCGAGUUGAAUUUUUUGAGCCUAGCGUCACAAACGAGUUACCAGGAGGGCGCGUGCCCCCACCACAAACCAAAACCCAGUGACAAUUCCCAGCCCCAAGAGGGCAGCUGCAGCUCCAAACCCGCGAGGCUACAGACUGUUAAGGCUCCAGCGUUGUCUCCGCUCCUUGAGGGGAGCAGCAGAGGAACUGACAGUGAGAACCGCCAAUCGUUGGAGGCUCGGUCUGCCACUCCCAGCAAAGCCGAAGCGCAUGCAUUCCUGUCCACCACUGGAGCAGAACCGAGAUAUCAUGCGGGACAGACAACGAAUUCGACCAGAAAUGUAGGCUCCCCCGCUCAAACGCAACUGUGUACCGCCUCUGGAUCGGAGGUAGGUGAUGGUACAUAUCCAGCCACAGUAGCGUCAACUGCAGCUGCUGCUACAGCAGCAGCUGCUGCAGAGGGAGCACUAGAAAAAGUCAGGCAGCAUGCGAAAAGGCAGAGAUGCGAAUUCGCAUCAGCGUCUAGCCAAAGUGGGACCCCUUCCUCAGGAUGGGAGAAUGCAGAGAAAGGUCACAAGUCUGACGACGAGGUGGUGAUACUUGAAGGCGCUGCCUCUCCCUCUGUCUCUCGGCGUUCCAAGAAGGCAGUGCCAAGUGCUGGAGCUGUACUGGCGGAAGGUGGAGCCGUGGGCGCCAGCGGGCAUCUUCUUUUCUCUCCGCAACAGUGCCCUCCCGCGCCACGCCAGCAACAGCAGUCGCGCACACAGCAGCAGCAGCUGCAUCAAACGAAGGAGAUGGCAGUUGAAGAAAGAUCCGUAGAGCUUGCUGCCGAAGCACAGGCGAGAGGGCGCAUACGCCAGUUGUUGCAUUCGGACUUCGAGCUCUCGGACUGA